AAUAACAAACAAUUGUCAAAAUCUGUUUUAACAGAUUUACAAAUUUCAUUAAUUUGUAUUUUAGUUGUUAGUUGUGUUAAGACAUCACCAAAAAUGAUGCAAGAACGCGACAAAGAUGAUCUUGAGAUGCUGAUGGACGUUGCGAAAUACAUCGCAAAGUCAGCUGAAGCAACGAAAAAAUCCGGAAGUGCGACAGCUUUCGCCUUAGCAGAAUCAUUCAAAGAAAAACUGGCCAAAGCGAAAGAUAGACGAGUAGAGAGGUUUCAAGAGUUGCAAUUACCACACCGACACAUUUGCGACCUGAUUGCGAUGCAUUUGAACAUUGAUCCAAACGAGGUGCUGGAAGCAGCAGCCGAUAGUGAUGAACAUAUUGAACUAUUGGAGAAAUUUUUGUGCAAGAAUGGGAUUUUUGGGUUGUUGGUUUAUUACCAAGAUGGGUAUGGCUACGAAGUUGAGACGGGGAGAUUUAAUCCAAAUGCCAUGGCAGAUUUGGUCAUGAAACGAAUUUAUUUCACUGACGGAAUGGACGAACCAGUCAAGGACAGAGUCAUCGGAAUCUACAAGAUUGCAAACGUUGAGCUGAGCUUAAAAAACAUAAACGAUGCCAUCUAUUUUACAACGUUUGACAUUCAAGCUGAAAAAAUGAAUUCUGUAGCUGUGGCAUAUAAGCUUUUAGGUGAACUGAUAGAUCCCUCAUUCCAAUUGAACAAGGACUGGGGUGAUUUGCCUAAAACCGAAGUAGGACUUAAGCAGAAGAGCAAUUUUCAAGGAGAUUUUGAAUCGUUUGUGGAUUUUUUAAAACAAACUAAACUGGACCUUGAAAUGGUUGUUAGUUUUCCUUAUGAUAGAGGUCUGUAUCGUAGAGAUCUAGUAAAUGAGAAAAAACGUACUGAAGCUAUUUUGAACCGACAAAUUGUGCAACAAGUGGAAUCGACGGUUCGAACUUGGUGCAAGCAGAUGGAAAGGGCUCAAGUUCAGUACCAACAACUACGACGAGAAAAUGAAUUUGUUGGUCCUCUCGUUGAAAUCGAAUACUGGCGGAGACAACUCGCUCGUUUUACAAGUAUUGUCGAAUUCAUCACUGAUGCACCUUGCAAAAUCCAUAUCCAAUUUUUGGAAGCUUGCAAAAGCAAACUUUUGAAGAUUUGGUCCAAACACGAAAGUGCAGUCAUUGAAGCAAAAAACGAAUGUGCCGACAACAUGCGAUAUUUAUACGCUUUGGAAAAAUUUUGCAAUCCUUUGUAUAGAUGCGAAGCUACGGAACUUCUCCAUCAUAUUCCACCACUACUGCACGCCAUAAGAAUGACUUAUACAACCUCACGAUAUUAUAACAACACUGCAAACGUUACAGCCCUUUUAGUCAAAGUUUCCAAUCAAAUGAUUAAUGUAUGCAGAGCGUAUCUUAACUGCAACGGAACCAAAACUGUCUGGAAUCAAAAGAAAAAAGUCGUGCUUGAAAAAAUUAAAGUUUGUCUGGACAUUUACUUAAAAUAUUAUCAAUGUUUCAAGCACAUUCAGGAAGAGAUGAAAGAGGCAGGUGAGGCACCUUUUGAAUGUUCCGAAAUGUACGUUUUUGGAAAAUUUGAGACGUUCAAGAAGCGAGUAGAAGAGAUUGUCGAUGUUCUCGAAACGACCACAAAAUAUUCAAUCCUGCAAAGUAGCAAAAUCGAAAACAUUGAUAUUUUCGCCAAGAAAUUCCAAACGUUCUUCGACAACAUAUCGAAGCAAAAAUACGACGCUUUAAACCACCGAUUGCCAUAUUUUGACAAGGACUACAACGAGUUCAAACAGAACGUGGUCGAUACAGAAUGGGAAUUGGAGGAGUUUGUUGGUACGUCUUUGGAAAAAGAAACAAACGUUCACAAUGUAUUAAGACUAUUGAAACGGUUUGAGAAACUGAAAUUGGAGUGUUUGCAUUUGGAAGAACGCUAUCUCGAAGCAAUGGAAUUGUUUCAAAAAGAACUUGAAGAUUUACGCGAUCGUUACAAUGAAGAACGACAAACACCUUUGUUGCCCAGAAACAUGCCACCAGUUAGUGGACGAAUAAUGUGGGUGAGGCAUUUGUAUCGUCGCAUGGAGGAGUCAAUGGAGAUUUUUAUGACCAAAUCGAGAGUUAUGAGACACCGAAAUGUGCAAAAGUGUAUCCAAUUGUACAAUGCAAUGGCUAUUGUUUUUGUUCAUUAUGAACAGAUUUAUCAUGAGGCUUGGUACAAAUUUGCUGGACAGGUUCGAGCUUGUUUGAAUACACCGAUUUUGACAAGAGACCCAAAAACAAGGCGAUACAAAGUCAAUUUUCAUCCGUACAUUUCUGAAGUUAUUCGAGAGUCGGAAUACAUGUACAAGCUUGAUCUUGCUGUGCCUGACGUUGGCCAAGUGCUUGUUUUCUGUAAAGAAAAAAUCCUCAAUUCGUUUGAAGUGAUUAAAGGUUUGGUCGAACGAAACGACAUUAUUCGAAGUACUAUUCCUCCUCUUUUCAUUCCUCUAAUUCGUAUGCAAUUGAUAAAGAUGGAAGAUGCAUUCAGACCAGGUUUCUCUGUGAUAACUUGGACUUCGACCAAAAUCCCUGAAUAUUGUGAAGAAGUCAACAAUGUCCUGGACUACUUCGAAAUGUUUGUCAAAGAAGUUAAAGAUAUGAAAGAAGCCAGAAUAGACGAAGUUUUGGACGCAAUUGCUGCCACUUCUCUAGUCUAUUUGCCAAAUGUGGCCCUCAUGCCUAGUGAGUUUUUGGAACAGAAUAAAAAGUUCAUGGAACAUGGAGUGAAAGAAAUUGAACUGAAAUCCUCAACAGCUGAACGCGCUGUUAUCGACUUAAUUGAGAAAUUUUUAAGUGUUAUUGAACAACCAGAAUUGCAAGAGAGAAAAUACGACUGGUUGGACCCUGAUAAAGCCAUAAGACCGAUCGGAUCAGCUUCACGUUUAAAUGUCUCACCGGAAGCAGCUUUUAAGGAAAUUGACCGAAACAUUCCUCUGGACCUCAACACGAUUCACAACGACUGUCUGGAAUUGUUUGGUUUCUUUAACAUGAAAUUAAGCGAGGCUUUAGUCAAAUGUGUUAAACUGUCUUUGGAACAGAUUAAGAAACGAACUGCCAGUUUGCGAGACGACAGUAGCGCACUGAAUGCCCCGAUUAUGAAGACUUACAUGGAACUCCAAAUUCCUAUAACCGUGAUUAAUCCAACUUUGGACGAAAUUCAGAAUUACUUCACUCAAGUCAUUAAUAAACUUCUCAACACCAUGUCGUUUGUAUGCAUGUGGGGACAACGUGGCAGCAAGAAGAAACCUCGAAGAGAAAAACCGUUGAAGUUUAAAGAGAUUGCAAAAUUGAUCGCUAAAACUCCCCCACCUGAUCGAAACUACUACAAAAUUGUGUCCGAAAACAAGGAAAUAAUCCGAAUUUUUAUGAGUUUGCAAGGUGUUAUGUUUUUGUUAAAGCCCGACGUUGCGAAAUUGUUACAACAAUAUUUAAGUUAUUCGUAUUUGUGGGCUGAGGGACGUGUUAAUGAAAUUGAGGCCUUUUGCGAGAAGAAUCCUCUCACUGUUGAAAUUGCCGAAAAGUUUCAAGAGUUUGAAAAUAGAGGAGAGAAAAUAAGGGAGUUGCCCGAUAGUCAUAAUGUUGAUUCGAUACAAAUCGACAUGGAGAAAUUCAAAUUGGCUCUACUUGUGGAGUCUGAUGCGUGGAAACACAUUUUAGGGAAAAAUCUGGCUAAGCGAUACAGAGCCAAGCUGCUCGAACUUGUUGAUUUUAUUAAGAAUAGAGAAAAGGUUUUGGGUAGACCAAUUAAAGACUUGGAUGAUUGCAGGCUGGCAAUGGCUUGUCUGGAGUUAAUCAGAGAAAACUUCAUCGAAAUCGACUUAGACCUCAUCACUAUGGAAGAAGCCUACAAUAUUUUCAGUAAAUACAAAAUUGACAUUCCGAAAGAGGACAUGGACAGGGUUGAGUCGCUUAGAUUUAACUUCCAAAAUAUGGUGGUUCAUGCAAAAUCUGUGCAAGAAAACAUUUGCAACGUGCAAGGCCCCCUUUUGGAAGAACUAACUGAAGGAGUUUCGAAUUUCAGGGACGAAGUGGAAGCUUUUGAUCGCGAUUUUGAACUAAACGGUCCAAUGAUUCCCGGAUUGUCGGCUCGCGAGGCAAGUGAUCGAGUCCUUGCGUUCCAAGACCGAUUCGAUGAGCUUUGGCGCAAAUUCGAGAUGUAUAGCAGUGGUGAAAAACUUUUCGGCUUGGAAGUCAACGAUUAUCCCAUUUUACACAAACGCAAAAAAGAGUUUAAUUUGUUGAAUAAAUUGUACGGCUUGUAUUUGGCCGUAAAUCACAGCAUUGAUGGUUAUUUCGAUAUUUUGUGGACUGAUGUGGAUACGGAAACCAUUUUUGCUGAACUCACUGAGUUCCAGAACAGGUGUCGAAAGCUUCCUAAGGCUAUGAGAGACUGGCCAGCUUAUCUUGAUUUAAAGAAGAAAAUUGACGAUUUCUCAGAGACUUGUCCUUUGUUGGAGCUUAUGGCCAACAAAGCUAUGAAAGAAAGACAUUGGAAACGUAUAGCACAAACGACCAGCUAUACUUUUGAUAUUGAUUCACCAACUUUUACGUUGCGAAAUGUGAUGGAAGCUCCAUUGUUACAAUUUAAAGACGAAGUCGAAGAUAUUUGUAUUAGUGCCGUCAAAGAGAAAGAUAUUGAAGCGAAACUGAAGCAAGUAAUUGCGGAUUGGUCAGUGGUGGAAUUGUCGUUCUCGCAGUUUAAGGCUCGAGGAGAAUUGCUCUUGAAAGGGACAGAAACUGGAGAGAUAAUUAUGGCACUUGAAGACAGUUUAAUGAUAAUGAAUUCUCUGCUUAGCAACAGAUACAACGCACCGUUCAAAAAAGACAUCCAAACAUGGGUGCACAAGCUGGUUAACACGUCAGAAAUUUUGGAAAAAUGGCUUAUUGUGCAAAAUUUAUGGGUGUAUUUAGAAGCUGUGUUUGUUGGUGGUGAUAUCGCCAAACAACUUCCCGGAGAAGCUAAAAGAUUCAAUAACAUUGAUAAAUCAUGGGUGAAAAUAAUGACAAGAGCACACGAGCUACCAAAUGCCGUCGAAUGUUGCACAGGUGACGAGACAAUGGGACAGCUACUUCCCCAUCUUUUGGAACAACUUGAAACGUGCCAAAAGAGCUUGACCGGAUAUUUGGAAUCAAAAAGAUUAUGUUUUCCGCGUUUCUUCUUCAUUUCGGAUCCGGUUUUGUUGGAAAUUUUGGGCCAAAGCUCAGAUCCGACUUCGAUUCAAUCACAUUUACCAAGUCUCUUCGACGCUGUGUAUAGAGUCGAAUUCGAUCCGAAAAAACCCGAUUACAUCAUAGCCAUGUUAUCGGAUUUGGGCGAAUCGGUAAAUUUUGAAAAACCGGUUCAAUGUGUCGGAGGUGUCGAAAUUUGGCUAAACAGUCUUUUGGAAAUGGUUAGGGAAACUGUAAAGUCGGUAAUUGCAUCACAGGCGCAACUUUUGAAUGAUCCAGAUUAUGAUUUCAUCCAAGGAUUUAUACCGUUUUGUGCACAAGCUGGUCUUGUCGGUAUUCAAAUUUUGUGGACCAAAGAAGCCGAAAUUGCGAUCAGGAAAGCCAAAGUUGAUCGAUUUAUUAUGAAAGUGACCAAUGCCAGGUUUCUGGAACUUUUAAACGCACUUAUUGAUCUCACAUCGAAAGAUUUAUCGAAAAGGGAACGAACGAGGUUUGAGACUAUGGUUACGAUUCAUGUCCAUCAAAGAGAUAUCUUUGAUACGAUUUGCAAGUCGAAGGUCAAAAAUUUGCUAGAUUUUGAUUGGCAACAACAGAGUAGGUUUUACUACAACGAGGAGAACGAUGAUGUGACUGUAAGGAUUACCGAUGUGAUAUUUUUGUACCAAAAUGAGUAUUUGGGGAUUACUGAACGUCUGUGUAUUACACCGUUGACUGACAGGUGUUACAUCACUCUAGCUCAAGCUAUUUGGAUUAAUAUGGGAGGGGCUCCCGCAGGACCUGCAGGAACUGGCAAAACUGAGACCACUAAAGAUAUGGGUAGAACUUUGGGUAAAUUUGUUGUCGUCUUUAACUGUUCGGAUCAAAUGGAUUUUCGAGGCCUGGGCCGCAUUUUUAAAGGUUUGGCACAGUCUGGAACUUGGGGUUGUUUCGAUGAAUUCAACCGAAUUGAAUUACCAGUAUUGUCAGUAGCCGCCCAACAAAUCUACAUUGUUUUAAUAGCAAGAAAAGAGCGAAAACCCACGUUUAUUUUCAUGGAUGGUGACACCGUUUCGAUGAACAUCGAAUUUGGAAUUUUCCUGACUAUGAAUCCGGGUUAUGCCGGACGACAAGAACUACCGGAAAAUUUAAAAAUCAUGUUUCGAAGUGUCGCAAUGAUGGUUCCCGAUCGCCAAAUUAUAAUUCGAGUCAAGCUGGCUUCUUGUGGUUUUAAAGACAAUAUUAUUUUAGCACGAAAAUUUUUCACACUUUAUCAAUUGUGUGAAGAACAACUCUCGAAACAGGUGCAUUAUGAUUUUGGAUUACGUAAUAUUUUGUCGGUUUUGAGAACGCUAGGUGCUCAGAAAAGGUCGCAUCCCAAUGAUACGGAGGAGACAAUUGUCAUGAGAGUUUUAAGAGACAUGAAUUUGAGCAAACUAAUCGACGAGGAUGAACCGUUGUUCCUGUCGUUGAUUGAGGAUAUGUUUCCCGGAAUUAAAUUAUCGACACAUUCUUGGAAAGAUCUACAAAAAGCUAUAACUAAUCAAACUGCCGAAAUGGGAGUCAUUAAUUAUCCUCCUUGGAAUUUGAAAGUAAUUCAACUUUACGAAACUUCGUUAGUCAGACAUGGACUCAUGGUGUUGGGACCAACAGGUGCUGGUAAAACAAAAUGUAUGCAUUGUUUGAUGAAAUCAAUGACCGAAACUGGUCUACCACACAAAGAAAUGAGAAUGAAUCCAAAGGCUAUAACAGCCCCCCAAAUGUUUGGACGAUUGGACGUUGCAACUAACGAUUGGACUGAUGGUAUUUUCUCGACUUUGUGGAGGAGAACUUUGAAAAUCAAGAAACAUGAUCACGUUUGGUUGGUCCUGGAUGGUCCAGUGGAUGCAGUUUGGAUCGAAAAUCUCAAUUCUGUGUUAGACGAUAAUAAAACUUUGACAUUGGCUAAUGGUGAUCGUAUUGUCAUGGCACCUAAUGCAAAACUGGUCUUUGAACCUGAUAACGUUGAUAACGCCAGUCCAGCUACCGUAUCCCGAAUGGGUAUGGUUUUUAUGAGUUCAUCUGUACUUCCUUGGAGCCCAAUUUUAGAAGCCUGGUUAAAAACACGAACACAACAAGAGGCUGAUGUUUGUCGAACUGUCUUUGGUAAAAUUUACGAGGAAUUACAUUCGUUUGUACAAGUGAAACUUAAGGCAAAAAUGAAAAUUACUGAAGCUUUGUAUAUUAGACAGUGUUAUGAUGUUUUGGCUGGAAUAUUAGAUGUAGGAGACGACACAAAAGUUUGGACCGAUAAGCAGUUGGAACGUUUGAUUUUAUUUUCAAUGAUGUGGUCAGUUGGGGCCGUUUUGGAAUUGGAAGACCGAACAAAAAUGGAACAAUUUGUUGUAACACAUCCUUCGAAACUUGAUUGGCCAAAAUGUGGCGAAAAUGAGACGAUUUUUGAGUAUGUUGUCAACCCGAAAACGGGAACUUGGCAACAUUGGUCUGAAAGGGUCGAAGAAUUUAUUUAUCCCACUGACAGCGUUUUGGAAUUUAUUAAUAUUUUGGUGCCAAAUAUCGACAAUGUUCGAACUGCGUUUUUAAUCGACACUGUGGCAAAACAAAAUAAAGCCGUCUUACUGAUUGGAGAGCAAGGUACUGCCAAAACUGUCAUGAUAAAAGGAUAUACGCAAACUUUUGAUCCUGAAUAUAAACUGAGCAAAUGUUUUAAUUUUUCUUCCGCAACCACACCGAACAUGGUUCAGCGAAUUAUUGAGUCGUAUGUGGACAAAAGAGUGGGAACAACUUAUGGUCCACCUGCUGGGAAAACCUUGACGAUAUUUAUCGACGAUAUAAACAUGCCCGUUAUUAAUGACUGGGGAGACCAAAUAACUAACGAAAUUGUGCGUCAAGCCAUGGAAUGUGGAGGUUUUUACAGUUUAGAUAAACCGGGCGAUUUCUCAUCAAUUGUCGAUGUUAUGUUUCUGGCUGCUAUGAUACAUCCUGGUGGUGGACGAAAUGAUAUUCCGCAUCGUCUCAAACGACAAUUUUGUGUUUUUAAUUGCACUCUACCAAGUAACAAGGCCAUGGAUGUUAUUUUCAGCCAAAUUGCUUGCGGUUACUUUUGUAUUGAACGCUUCAACCAAGAAAUCGUCGAUUUUGUCCCCAGACUUAUCCCAUUGACUCGUAACAUUUGGCAACAUACUAAAAUCAAAAUGUUGCCAACACCGGCCAAAUUCCAUUACGUGUUUAACUUGAGAGAUCUUUCAAGAAUAUGGCAAGGAAUCUUAACAGUACAACGUCUAGAAUGCCAAACUAUUUCAUCAAUGCUGAAACUGUGGCAGCAUGAAUGUUGCCGAGUUAUAUCGGAUCGUUUCACAAAAGCCAAAGAAAGAGAAUGGUUCCUGCACCUGCUUAAAAACCAAGUAAAAAAAGAGCUAGACGAUGUACAUGAAGAGUACCCUGAAGACGUAACCUUCUGGGUUGACUUUUUGCGAGAACCACCGGAAGCAACAGGUGACGAACCUGAAGAUUUUUGUUUUGAUGCUCCAAAGAUCUAUGAAGAAAUACCAAGUUGGGAAUUUUUGAAAGAAAAAUUGUUUUCUUUCGUGGAUCAAUACAACGAGCAAAUAAGAGGUGCUGCCAUGGACUUGGUAUUUUUCCAUGACGCCAUGGUUCAUUUGAUGAUCAUUUCGAGAAUAAUUAGAUCAGCACGUGGAAACGCUCUAUUGGUGGGUGUUGGAGGUUCCGGAAAACAGAGUCUUACAAGACUUGCGUCCUUUAUCGCAAAUUACAAAACGUUCCAGAUUCAAUUAACACGAACAUACAAUGUUGGUAAUUUAAUGGAAGACAUGAAAUAUCUCUAUCGAGUCGCUGGAUUUGAAGGGAAAGGAAUUUCUUUCAUAUUUACCGAUAAUGAAAUUAAAGAUGAGACAUUUUUGGAGAGUCUUAACAAUAUAUUGAGUUCAGGCGAAAUUGCUAAUUUGUUCGCCAAAGACGAAAUCGACGAAAUAACAUCCGAUUUAGUUCUAGUAAUGAAAAAAGCACAGCCAAAAAGAGCACCAACUGGUGAUAAUUUAUACGACUUCUUCAUAAGCCGAGCUCGGUCUAACUUACACGUAGUCCUUUGUUUCUCACCUGUUGGAGAAAAAUUCCGUAGUCGGGCUUUGAAGUUCCCAGGUUUAAUUUCCGGUUGUACAAUCGAUUGGUUCUUCAGAUGGCCACGAGAUGCCCUAAUCGAAGUAUCCGAACAUUUUCUCAACAAAUUCAGUGUGGUUGCAACACCCGAUACUAAAAAAGAACUGAUUUAUGUCAUGGGUGAAAUCCAAGAUUAUGUCGCACUGACUUGUAACAGCUACUUUGAAAAAUUCCGGAGAAGGACUUAUGUCACACCGAAAACUUUUAUAUCGUUCCUUGAAACGUACAAAACAGUGUAUGUUAAAAAACUGGCAAAUAUUGGUGAAAUGGAUUCAAGGAUGCGUACCGGUUUGACGAAACUAGUCGAAGCCCAACAAAAUGUGGACGAAUUGAAAAAGGAAUUGAUUAUUAAAGAACAAGAAAUGAAAGUUGCAACUGACGCAGCUGAGAAAGUCCUGGACGAAGUUUUGGCAGCUUCGGAAAUUACAAAUAAAAUUAAAGAAGAGGCGACAGUUGUGAAAGACAAAGCAGAAAAACUUGUGGCUAUUAUCAGUGUUGAUCAACAAGAAGCUGAAAGUAAAUUAUUGGCUGCUAAGCCGGCCUUGGAUGCAGCUGAGGCUGCGCUUUUGACAAUUAAAGCCGCUGAUAUUGCAACAGUUAGAAAAUUAGGGAAACCGCCUUAUCUCAUCACGCUUAUCAUGGAUUGUGUAUUGAUUUACUUCAAACGGAAGCUUGAACCGGUUAAGGCCGAUCCUGAAAAAGGGUUUUUGAUUUCGUCAUGGACUGAAUCACUUAAGGUGAUGGCUGAUACGAAGUUUUUGAAUAAGUUGCAGGAAUAUCCAAAGGAUACGAUUAAUGCAGAAAUUGUUGAUUUGCUUCAACCUUACUUUGCUUUUCCUUUGUAUACGUAUGAGAAUGCCAAAACGGCUUGUGGUAAUGUUGCAGGUCUAAUUUCUUGGACUAUUGCAAUGGCUUCAUUCUUUGAAGUCAAUCGAGAAGUAUUGCCUUUGAAGGCUAACCUGGCCAUCCAACAAGCCAAACUCGACAAAGCCCAAGCCGAAUUAUCCAGUGCUAUGACACUAUUGGCCGAGAAAGAAGAAGAAGUACGACAAUGUCAAAUUCAAUACGAAGAAGCAAUGAGACACAAACAAGAAGUGUUUGAUGAUGCAAUGAAAGUCAAAAAUAAAAUGGACUCAGCUACCGCCCUUAUAGACGGUCUAGCCGGUGAAAGAAUUCGAUGGACCGAACAAUUGGCUCAAUUCAAAGCGGAAACAGAUCGACUAAUCGGAGAUGUGGUCCUUUUGGUCGGUUUCCUCAGCUAUUCUGGACCAUUUAAUCAAGAGUAUCGAACAAACAUGCAGAAAUUUUUGCUCGAAGCUGUGCUAAAGCGUAAAAUUCCGGUGACGAUAAGUUUGAAUAUCAUUGACAGUCUUACGGACACGGCAACUAUUGGAGAAUGGAAUUUGCAAGGUUUGCCCACUGACGAACUCUCGAUCCAAAACGGGAUUAUAGUCACAACUGCGUCCAGAUUUCCCCUCCUGAUUGACCCCCAAAGCCAGGGAAAAUUCUGGAUCAAGGCAAAAGAAAAGGAAAAUCAUUUACUCGUCACUUCGCUCAACCACAAAUAUUUCCGAAACCAUAUUGAAGACGCCGUUUCGCUCGGUUAUCCCAUGAUUGUCGAAGACAUUAACGAAGAAUUGGAUCCUGUCCUAGACAACGUACUUGAAAAAAAUCACAUUAAAGUCGGAACAACGUACAAAGUCAAAGUUGGCGACAAAGAAGUGGACGUUAAUCAAGACUUCCGAAUGUACAUCACCACCAAACUUGCUAACCCUUCCUACACUCCUGAAAUUUUCGCACGAACUUCCGUCAUCGAUUUUACCGUCACAAUGAAAGGUUUGGAAGAUCAGCUCUUAGGACGUGUGAUUUUGACCGAGAAGAAAGAACUGGAAGCUGAACGAACGAAUCUGAUGCGCGAUGCGACAGCGAAUCGACGAAAAAUGCAAGAAUUGGAAGCCAAUUUGUUGUACAAGUUGACAACGGUGCAAGGAUCGCUCCUUGAUGAUCCCACGGUAAUCGAUGUUUUGAACAUUACACGAAAUACGGCGAGUGAUAUUCGAGAAAAACUAGCAAUUGCUAAAGAGACCGAAAUUAAGAUUAAUGCCGCCAGAGAAGAGUUUCGUCCGGUUGCCACUAGAGGUAGCGUUUUGUAUUUCUUGGUGGUCAGUAUGGCAAUGGUCAAUAAUAUGUACCAAACGUCCUUGGUCCAAUUUUUGGAACGAUUCGAUUUGUCCAUGCACCGAUCUGAGAAAAGUAACAUUACAUCGAAACGAAUCGUUUUUAUUAUCGACUAUCUGACUUUUGAAAUUUUUAAAUACAAAUCGCGAGGUUUGUACGAGAUACACAAGUACAUGUUUGUGCUUCUCAUGUGUUUGAAAAUCGACCUGGAACGUGAACAUAUAACACAUGAAGAGUUCCAAAAUUUUAUAAAAGGGGGCGCCGCUUUGGACCUUAAUACGUGUCCCCCUAAACCGGCCAAAUGGAUAACGGACAUGACGUGGUUGAAUCUGGUCGAAUUGUCGAAACUUCGCCACUUUCAAUACAUUGUCCAACAAAUCACCGCGAAUGAUAAGCUCUGGAAGCAUUGGUUUGAUAAAAAUGCACCAGAGGAAGCUGUGGUACCUGAUGGGUACAAUAAUUUGGAUACUUUUAGGAAGUUGUUACUGAUUCGUGCUUGGUGUCCAGAUCGCACGAUAACUCAAGCAACUAAAUACCUAGCUAGUUCGUUGGGUCAAAAAUUUGCAGAACCUGUUGUUUUGAAUUUGGAAACGUUGUAUUACGAAUCUCGAGCCAUGACACCGAUGAUUUGCUUUUUGAGUAUUGGGUCUGAUCCGACUCCGUAUAUUGAACAGUUGGCUAAAAGACUUGAAACGAAGGUUAGAUCGAUUUCGAUGGGGCAAGGACAGGAAGUACAUGCGAGGAAACUUAUGACACAAGCUUUGUCCGAGGGUUUCUGGGCUUUAUUACAAAAUUGCCACCUCUCGUUGGAUUAUAUGAAUGAGGUGCUGUUGCAAUUUAUGGAUUUGGAAAAAGGGGUCGGAACGUACCACCAGGACUUUAGACUAUGGAUUACGACCGAAGUGCAUGAAAAUUUCCCAAUUAGUUUGCUCCAAAUCUGCAUAAAAUUCACAAAUGAAGCUCCAUCAGGUGUCAAAGCUGGACUACAACGCACCUACACUUCAAUGAACCAAGACAUGUUGGAUUAUUCAGACGCCUGGCAAUACAUUCCUCUAGUAUACGCCAUUUCAUUUUUGCACACAGUCGUGCAAGAAAGACGAAAAUACGGCCCUCUAGGCUGGAAUAUACCGUACGAGUUUAAUUCAGCCGAUUGGUUGGCUAGUUGUUUGUUUGUACAAAAUCACUUGGACGAUUUGGACCCCAAGAGAGGAGUGAGUUGGCCCACUGUCAGGUAUAUGUUAGGGGAAGUCCACUAUGGGGGACGAGUAACCGACGAUUUUGAUAAACGACUUUUGAACACGUUUUGUAAAGUGUGGUUCCACGAUGAAAUGUUCCACGACGAUUUCAUAUUUUAUGAAGGUUACAAAAUUGUGAGAUUUAAAAAUGUGUCAGAAUACGUGAGUCAUAUUGAGACUUAUGCAACAAGUGAUCCUCCGCAAGUCUACGGACUUCAUCCAAAUGCUGACAUUACUUAUCAAACAAACACGAUUGCAAGCAUGUUUUAUACUAUGGUCUCUAUUCAGCCUAAGGAGGCUGGAGCUGGUGGUGGUGAAACAAGGGAAGAUGCGGUAACAAGACAGGCAAAAGAAAUGUUGGAAAAGCUUCCAUCGAAUUACGAUCCGUACGAAGUGAAAGAAAGACUGCGAAUUAUGGGAAUUUUAAAUCCUUUGAAUAUAUUUUUGCGACAAGAGAUUGAUCGCAUGCAGAAAGUCAUCACAAAUGUACGGACGACUUUGAAAGACUUGCUACUUGCGAUUGAAGGGAUUAUAAUCAUGAAUGAGUCGUUGCGAGACGCUCUCGACAACAUCUACGACGCUCGUGUUCCGUUUGUAUGGAGAAGAGGUUCAUGGACUGCCAACACACUUGGUUUUUGGUUUACAGAGUUGUUAGAAAGAAAUGCCCAAUUUAGUACUUGGUGUUUUGGUGGCAGACCUUUGACUUUUUGGAUGGCUGGAUUUUUCAAUCCUCAAGGAUUUUUGACUGCAAUGAAACAAGAAGUUGCUCGGGCCCACAAAGGCUGGGCUUUGGAUCAAGUCAAGUUACAAAAUAUGGUGACAAAGAACAUAAAAGAGGAAAUUUUGCAACCUCCUUUGGAAGGUGUUUACGUUCACGGACUGUUUCUUGAUGGUGCCGGUUGGGAUCGCAGAAACGCUAGACUUAAUGAGUCGAUUAAUAAAGUUUUGUAUACCAUGAUCCCGGUUGUGCAUAUUUUUGCAACAUAUGGGACUGAGUUGAAAACGACGAAUCUAUAUGUCUGUCCGAUUUACAAAAAGAUGCGAAGGACUGAUUUAAAUUAUAUCACCAGUUUGUAUUUGCAAACUGUGAAACCGCCAGAACAUUGGGUCCUUCGUGGAGUGGCUCUACUGUGUGAUACGCAGUAAUAAAUGAAUUGUUGAUGUACUUUUUUAAUAUAAUUUUUCUUUCA